AGGAAGAAAAAGGAUUCCGAGAAAAAGUGAAGUGAAAAAAAGGAAAGAAAAGAGAGGAACAUUGAAAGUUGCAACGUCAAGUUGACUGAGAAGGAAAGAAUCAUUAUAAUAUAAUACUAUUCAUUUAAAUUCUUGUAUUUCAUAUUCUUCCUCAAUUUCAUUUCCUUCCUUCAACACUCUCUUCACCUCCACAUCCUCUGGAUGCAUCAAUUCACCAUAUCCCUCCAUUCCCCUUUCCUUCAUUCUUUCCCUUCUCAUGCUCACUCUUUGCUUUCCAUCUUCCCUUCAAACCCUAGACUAAUUCUCCCGAUUUCGUCCCCCAACCGGCCUCAUUCCCCCUUCGCCUGCGCCGGAAUCCAACUUUCUUUGCCCUGUCACUAUUCUACCUCUCUCUCCUCCCCAAACGGCGUCCUUCACAAUUGGAAAUUGCGCAGCCUUGGACUCAAAAACAUCGAUGUUGCCACCCUAGGUAAUCUCUGUGUCGAUAUUGUUCUUAGUGUUCCCGAAUUGCCCCCUCGUUUGCCGGAGGCUCGCAAAGCUUAUAUGGAACAGUUAUCUGCUUCCCCACCUGAUAAGCAAUACUGGGAAGCUGGUGGUAACUGCAAUGUGGCCAUAGCAGCUUCCAGACUGGGACUCUCUUGUGCCACAAUUGGACACGUGGGCAAUGAAAUUUAUGGAAAUUUCCUCCUAGAUGUGCUUCGUGAUGAGAAGAUUAGUGUGGUUGGGAUGAGUGAAGAUAUUGAUGUCACCGACAGUUCGAGUAUCUCAUACGAGACGCUUUUAUGCUGGGUUCUUGUGGACCCUUUGCAAAGGCAUGGCUUUUGUAGUAGAGCAGAUUUUAGUGAUGAGCCAGCAUUUAGCUGGGUCAGCAAAUUAUCAACAGAAGUAAAGACGGCUAUUAAACAAUCAAAGGUCCUAUUCUGCAAUGGUUAUGGCUUUGAUGAGCUCUCCCCCAGUUUGAUGGUCUCUGCUCUAGAUUAUGCUGUUGAAGUUGGAACCUCUGUUUUCUUUGAUCCUGGGCCACGUGGAAGGAGCCUUUCUACUGGAACACCUGAAGAACAAAAAGCACUUCACCAUUUCUUGAAGAUGAGUGAUGUUCUUCUUCUAACAUCUGAUGAGGCCGAGUCAUUAACUGGCAUAGAAGACCCACUGUUAGCUGGGCAAAAGUUGCUUAUGAGUGGCAUACGUACGAAAUGGGUGAUUGUGAAGAUGGGUUCUAAGGGUUCGAUUCUUGUCACCGUGUCAAGUAUUUCUUGUGCACCUGCAUUCAAGGUGGAUGUCAUUGACACUGUUGGGUGUGGAGAUAGUUUUGUAGCCGCUAUUGCAUAUGGGUUCAUACAUAAUUUGCCCUUGGUAAAUACAUUAGCAAUUGCAAAUGCAGUGGGUGCUGCAACUGCCAUGGGUUGUGGAGCUGGGCGCAAUGUAGCAACCUUGGAGAAAGUAAUAGAACUCAUUAGAGCAUCAAACCUCAAUGAGGAUGAUGAAUUUUGGAACGAACUUGUAAAGAAUUUGGAUAGUCAGGAAAUUACAUUUCUUUCAAAAAUGGUAAUCAAUGGAAGCAACAAUCACCUGAAUCGCAUUGCCUUACAGAAGGUGGUCUCUGACUUGCUGCCUAAGCUCGAGUCUGCACCCUUGGAGGGAAAAGUGGCUUCUUGAUACCUAUGAUGGAAAAUAGGAAUUUAUCAUAGAAUUUUAUCAUGGUUUUGGUGCCUAAUUUUAGGGGCAGAUGUGCUGCCAUCAAUUAAGGCAAUUUGCACAUGUUUAACUCAUGUUUUAUUGAAAAAGGAUGGGAUACUGAGCAAAGUUUUGUUGUGGUGAAGAAUUAGCGUCAGCAAGCUCGUUCUCUUACUGAGCAUAUUUUUCAAUAUUUGUUCAGCAAUGGUGAUUUGAUACCCUAAUGAGCACCUUUUCCCUUUCCUAAUAGGGAUUAUGCAGGCAAAUUUUCUACAUUCAUAUGCCCAUGUAAAGAUGUAUCAUUUUUCUUUUCCACUAUUCGGAAAUUAUAGAUGCCCAUAUUCUUUUGAUAUAA